AGUGAGGAGGAGAAGGAGAAGGAGGAGGAGGAGACUGUUAUUGGUAAGAUUGCCCUUUGUCUUGUUGAGAUGCUGGAGGGAGGAUGCUGAUUGAGCGGAAGGAGGAGAGCAUCCUCUCUUGCGAUGUUUGACCUCAAGAACUGCAUGUAGCUACAAUGGAGGGCUUUCGCGGGGGUGGAGAAAACGGGGCAGGUCUUUCCAGAGGCGAGGAGGAGGAGGAGGCUAUUUGUCACAGGCAGGAGGAGAGAGCGACGCCAGCAUCUGCGAGCAUCACUUCUCUGGAUGGACGACACUCAAAGCAGCUUUGUGAUGCCCGAGGGACCCUUUGCUGCGUGGUGAUGCGAUGCCGAGAGCUGGGGGGGCAGCCGCUUCUCUCGCACUGCUGCUGCUGUUGCCGCUGCUGCGUUGUUGCCACCUGUGCCACUCACUGCGAAAAAAAGCUUUGACUCGCUUCUGGAGAAGUCGUUUGGCGCCACCUGUUGAUGUGCAUAUGCUAUUUGUAAGACCCCAAUUACAGCGUGUUCCCAAACUUUCCUCCUAUGUAAAAGCAGAAGAUAAGCUGUUCAAAUACCUCUUUGAGAACUACCAGAAAUGGGUUCGCCCCGUGGAAUAUCUGAAUCAGACCAUAUGCGUGAAGUUUGGUCUGGCCAUCUCCCUGCUAGUGGAUGUGGAUGAAAAGAACCAGCUGAUGACUACUAAUGUGUGGAUGAAACAGGAGUGGACUGACAUGAAGCUAAGAUGGGACCCUGAUGACUAUUUGGGCAUCACAGCGAUACGAGUGCCCUCCGACAGGAUAUGGCUCCCAGAUGUUGUACUGUAUGAUAAUUCGGAUGGUCGUUUCGAGGGUACUGUCACCAAAGUGGUGGUCAAAUACGACGGAACCAUAACGUGGACACCACCUGCUAAUUACAAAUCAGCGUGCGCCAUCGACGUCACCUUCUUCCCGUUUGACCUGCAGAACUGUUCCAUGAAAUUUGGCUCGUGGACCUACGAUGGGUCACAGGUGGACAUCAUUUUGGAGGACUUCCAUGUAGACAGGCAGGACUAUUUUGACAAUGGCGAGUGGGAGAUUGUGAAGGCCACGGGCAGCCGCGGUAUAAGGAUGGAUGGCAGCGCUUCAUAUCCCACCAUUACCUAUUUCUUCAUCAUCCGCAGGCUGCCUCUUUUCUACACCCUCUUCCUCAUCAUCCCUUGCAUUGGUCUGUCCUUCCUUACAAUCCUCGUAUUCUAUCUACCCUCCAACUGCGGCGAGAAGAUCUCCCUCUGCACCUCCGUGCUGGUGUCGCUCACCGUCUUCCUGUUGGUCAUCGAGGAAAUCAUCCCCUCCUCCUCCAAAGCUAUCCCGCUCAUCGGCGAGUACUUAGUCUUCACCAUGAUCUUUGUAACGCUCUCCAUCGUCAUCACCGUCUUUGCCAUUAACGUCCACCAUCGCUCGUCAUCAACACAUCACGGCAUGGCGCCCUGGGUCAGGAAGAUUUUCCUGCAUCAGCUGCCGAAGGUUCUGUGCAUGCGCAGCCAUGUGGACCGCUACGGCACGGCGGAAGCAACACGAACUGGACGAACCCUGGGAAUGGGAAUGAUAAAGGACUCUGCAGCUGAGGUCAACUCUCUCUCCCAUACCAGGCACAACAUCCAAGCUGCACUGGAUUCUAUUCGCUACAUAACAAUGCAUGUGGUGAAGGAAAAUAAGGUCAGGGAGGUGGUACAGGACUGGAAGUUUGUCGCCCAGGUUCUGGAUCGAAUAUUUCUGUGGGCGUUCUUGCUAGUGUCCAUCCUGGGAUCAGCUUUCCUAUUCAUCCCGGUUAUCUACAAAUGGGCCAGCAUCAUCGUCCCUAACUAUGUCUGAGGUACCCUCUGAAGGUUACCUGAUAUGGAGGUGAGGCGUAUCAGCAGCUAAGGUCCACAUUUUGAUAAGAAAAUCUCCCAUAAACAAUUUGUGUAUUCAUUUAUCCUAUUUUAAAAUACUAUACAAUGGACAUCAUAUAGAAAAACUUUAAAACAAUAAUGUAACUAAAGUAAUUUCAGUCCUACAUUAAAAGGUAAACCACAACACAAGCAUGUUUUGAUGCAUACUUUCUGUGAAUGAGAAAGCAAAAGAAUACCCUGAGGUCUUACAAAAACAAGCCUCAGGUUUUACAUUUCUAUUCAUCAUUAAGAUAAUCCCCUCCCUACAGGCAACAAAAUCGGGUGAGUGUGCAGCCAUGAGCAUGCAGUUAAUCACAAGUCCGCAUUGUGCAGCAAGUAUAAACAUGUUUCUUGAAGCAACUGGAACACUCAAUAAAGAGACAUUCACACUAGUGGACACUCUAAAACAGUGGGUG